UUGAAUCUUCUGAAAGUUCAAUGCAAAAAAGUACUGUGGGCUCUAAAGAAAGUACAGAAAGAGAAGUUAUUACUACUAAUUCAUUAUCUGAAGAAACUCAUUCCUACCAUCAAACAAAAAUGGAACAUAACAUGCAGGGGGAGACUGUACAUGUUGAGUCAACUACCGAAAGUGAAAAAUUAAUAAGUAAUAUGAAUCCACAGGAAGAAAGUCAAUUAUCUGAAAACCAUAAGUUUGAAUCUACCAAAUUUACCGAAAUUAAUUUGCAAGAAAACACGGAAGAAUUCAAUACAAAUAUAGGGGGAAAAUUAAUAUCUAGUGAAAAUCCACCACAUGAAAACAAGAUAUCAGAAAGUUAUACCAAUGAAUAUACGAAAAUUGUACCAACUGAGCGUAUUAUGAAAGAAACUACUCAACAAAUUAAAACUAUUACAGAACAUGAAUCAAAAACCACUAGUGUAAAUCCUGAGAAUGAAAGCGAAUUACCUGAAGAAAAAAUAUUUGAAUCUUCUGAAAUUGAGAUGCAAAAAAGUACUUUAGGUUUUGAAGGUAGUACGGAAACUGAAAGUAUUAAUACUAAAAAAAAAUCAUUUUCUGAAUAUCAUUCCUAUGAUCAAAAAGACAUUUUGGAAGAAAAUGGUGAAAAAUUGGAGACAACAAAAGGAAUUGAAUCACAUAACAGUAAUCCUCAUGAAUUAAGUGAAUUGUCGGAAAACCAUUCUUCUAUAAAUACCGAACAUCUUGAAUCAACUGAAGAAACUGAAUUAAUAACAAGUAGUAUGAAUCAUCAAAAUAAAAAUACCGAAAUUAUAUCAAGUGAAAGUGAACAAAUCGAAACUGCUACAGAAAGUGAACUUGAAACCGCUGGUAUAAAUUCUGAGACAGAAAAUAAAUUAUCUAAAGAAAAAAUGUUAGAAUCUUCUGAAAGUCAUAUGCAAAAAAAUACCAAAGGCUUUGAAGGCAGUACUGAAGGUGAAAUUACUAAUACUAGAAGACAUUCCUUUUCUAAAAAUAGUGAAGAAUUAAAGACAACAAACGAAAUUGAAUCAUACAGCAGUAAUAGGAAUACUCAUAAACAAAGUGAAUUACCAGAACAGUCUUCUUUUCAAACUGAAGUUUCAGUUAAAGAACAUAAUAUGCCGGAAUAUACCAAACAACUUGAAUCAACUGAAGAAAAUGAAUUCAUGACAAGUGGUAUGAAUGAUCAAAAUGAAAAUAAGUUAUCUGAAGAAACUAUGGCUAGUAGUAAAAUAAAUGAGCAAAGUGAAAUUACAAGCAGAACUAUAACGUUUUAUACAGAAAAAAUAUUUCAAAAUCAUCCAACAAAAAAUUAUUCUAGUGAAUUAAAUUCGAAGGACAAUACAAAAGAAAGUGAAACAAACACGAAACGUAAAUCAACAACCAAUAGUGGAAAUCUGCAAGAAGGAAAUGAAAUGUCAGAGAGUCAUUUAUAUGAUCACUCAAAAAUGUCAUCUACCAAAAAUAAUUUCCAAGAAAAGACACUGCAAGUUACUACAAAUGCAGAAAUUUUACACACUAAUAGAAAUCCACAAGAAGAAACUGAAGUAUCAGAAAGUGAUUUACAUGUCUAUACUAAGAUUUUGUCAACUAAAAAUAAUUUUCACACUAAAGUCAAAACAAGUGAAAGUUCUUAUCAUAUUAAAACUACAAAAAGUGAUGGACAGUUUCAGAAGGAACAUGAACGAUAUCAUACUACAAAAGUCUUAUCCACCAAAAAUAUUCUAGAAAAUACAGUUGGAACUAAUGAAGAAAAUGAAAAUAAAAGUAAUCCCUAUAAUAUUAAUAGAAAUCCUAAACCAGAAAAUGAAUAUACUGCAAUUUUAACUACAACAACUAAUAUUCAAGAGACUGUGAAAGAAGAUCACGUAAAAAUAAAAAGUAAACUGUUAAGUACAAUUACAACAUCUCGAGAAGAAAAUGAGAAAUUAGUUCCAUAUUAUACGAAAAUUACAUCUAAACAAGAUAAUCUGGAAACUACUGUGGAAUUUACAAAAAAUAAUUACGGCACAAUAACAACAACUGCUAAGUUUUCUCCAUUUGAUGAUGAAGAAGAAGAGAAUUACUCAACUGACUUUAAUAAAAAUAUAGGGAGUACCUCUAAAACUACAGUAUUAAAUGAGGUCAUUCAACACAUUUCACAACGACCUUCAAGUAAAGUGAAAGAGAUAAUCACAUCACAAAAAUCUCUUGAUGAAUUUAAUGAAGAUAUUUACAAUACUGAAGAAAGGUUUUCUGGAACUGAGAAAUUAGACUUAAAUGAUAAUGUUUCUCCAUAUGACGCGGACGCAGUAAUUAUCACAACAUUUUCUGAAACUGAAGCACAGCAUAAGCCUAGUUUUGAAAGUGAGGGAAUUCCAUACAAAACAACGGUAGAAGUACUGGAUGAAAACUUUUCAACGUCUGAAGCAACGAAAGAGACUGCUACUGAAAAAUCGUUCCAAGAAUCUAGAGAAAUUAAUGAAAAUAACGAAUUAGAUAUAACUGAAAUUGAUGACAACCACGACGAAUUUCAGAAAACCUCAGAAAUAAAUCAGUAUUCAGUAUCCACUGAAAUGGUACUAUAUGAAUCGAAGUGGGAUGACCAUUAUGGUGACUUAGAGAAGGAAAAUGAGGAGAGGGAGGUUGAGAAAGAUUAUAACGAGUUAGAAGAAAAUAUUGAGCCAACUGGUGACUAUAAAGAGUUCGAAGAACUUGACGAAGAAGAUAAUGUAUCUGAAGGAAAGCAAAUAGAAACGUCCAGUAAUAAUAACAUGGCGACUAAACACUAUACAAAAGGAUAUAUAGAGUAUGAAAUGGACAUUUAUGAUGAAUUAAAUAAUGAAUUAGAAACAAACGAUGAUCACUUGAACGGGCACAAAAUAAAUGUGAAUAAUGAAGAUGAAUUACAUAAGGAAUACGCGGAGGAAUUUACUGAAAAUGAAGAAUUAUAUCAUAAAUCAGAAAAGGGAGAAAAUUCUAAUUCGUCUAAAGGAACUACCAUAACUGAUGAAACAAUGCCUAAUCCAGAAGGAAUUGUUAUGGAAAAAGAAAAUGAAGUAGACAAUGAAUAUGAAACAGAUAUAAAAAGUAAUAAAAGUGAGUUACCUGACACACGGCAUCAGAAACAAAAAGAAAACGAUAAUAAAGAGAUUAAUAAUGAAACAGAACCAUAUGACAUAGUUUCUGAAAAUACUAUUACGUUUGAAAGUAAAACCAAGGAGGAAAACGAAAAAUUUUUAAGUACUCUUAAUGAAAAAGAAGAAGGAGAAGAAGAAGAAUACGUUAGUUUCUCUCCGAAUAUGGAUAUAUUUAUAGAAGAAACAGAAACUGAAAGUUCAAUAAAAUUCUCUAAAAAGAAGAGUCAUACAAAGUUUGGAGAUUUGUAUACGAAACAGUAUAGACCUGGAGUGCAAAACAAACCGGAACAUCUUACAACUUCAACAUCUAAAGCUACUUUAUCAAAAGAAGGAAAUCUGUUAAUUAACGUAACAGAAAUGACAACGCAUACUACUGAAAUUGUUGUUAAGGAGACAACGAUCACACCUACGAUAAGUACCACAACGGAAGUACCGGUAAUACCUAAUGAGUUACUCUUUACUGAAAUUGUGCCAGAAUCGGAGCAUAACAGAACUAGUGAACUAUUUUUAGAACUUCAAACUUUUACAGAAGGACAACUGAAGCCAUCUGAAAGUGUCUCUUCACAAGUGAUGAUGUUUUCAGGUCCUCACAAAACUACUAUUAUGAAAGACUCGAUGAUUGAAUUUAAUCUACCUAAUGAUGAAUAUAUUGAAGGUCUAACGACAAGAACUGUAUUAUAUAAAACAGUUUAUCCUUAUCAGGAGGACGGUUCUAACGCAGACACCGAGUUAAUACAUGAAAAUGAGUUGUUGCAGACCGAACAAUCAUUGUCACAAAUGACAUCUGUGUCACAUGUUAACGAAUUGUUGAUUAAAGAUAAUCAAAGAACACCAUCUACAGAACGGCAAGCACUCUCUCAGCUUUUAGAUGUCCUACUGACAGAUCAUACCGUAGCAACAGAAAAAGGGCUUUUGCAAAAGCUUUGUGAAGCAAAUACGAUAAAAAUGCAAGAUCAAUUAAACGAAUUAAUAAAAAUUGCCAACGAUGAAAAGAUGAAAACAACAACCGGAGAAAUCUUAACAAGUAAUGAUUAUGAAACAACAAGACGUAUAUUUGUUGACUUACCUUUGCUCCAAAACGAAACCGCUCUUGAAUCGGCUACUCAAGGACUAAUUAUUAUUCUCAAUGGAAUCAAUAACAGAAUUAAAGUUUUUAAUAACUCAAUUUUAGAAAAGUAUGUACCAAACAAACCUUUGAAAGAUAUGCAUAUUGAAUAUGUAGACCUAAAUGAGAUGCCUGAAAACAAAAUACCUCCAAGAAAGAUCUACGCUGUAACUACUACACAAACAACGACUCCUUCUUAUGACGAUCACGUCGAAAGUAACAUAAUGGAAGACGACAAGGUGACCACUAAUUGCAAUCCAUUAGGUUCAACAGAAAAAAUUAAUAUUAAAAACAACUUGGUGGUCGACUGCAGUAAACCUGAUUUCGAGAAAAGCAGGGAGUGUUUCUGUGAUAUGAACAGACUAAAAUCUAAUUUAGAUUAUGCACUUAAGACCAAAAGUGGAGUGGAUUUACACAAUUUGUGUGAUCACUACUUGUCAUUGUCCGAGGGAAGUCUUAAAAUAGGUAACGGUUCCGUUGCUAUAGUAAGAAAAAGGAGAAGUCACGGCUACAAUUAUAAUUUUACACAAGGAGCUCAAAUCGAGUAUGACGAUAUUGAGGAUUAUUUGGGAGAGGAAUUUGAAUUGGAUAUCCCUGAUGGUAGUGAAUUUAUCCUUCCUGGGCGAGAUUUGCGUUUGGCCUGUUAUACUAGUAAUGAGACGUCUCAUAGGAAACAGAAAACGUACACAUGGACAUUUUCUGAACAUGCAUCACCUACAGUUCAUAUUCUUCAUCAACAUGAAUUUAUAUUAGAAAUUGAUGACGUUACUGCCAAGGACUCAGGAAACUAUACCUGUAUUAUAAACUACAACGAUAACGUUGGUACUCAAAAGAAAUUUACUCAUGAUGUGGAAGUCAUGGAAAUACCCAUUUAUAAAAUUCAACUUAACAUCCUUUAUAAAGCAAACGACAUUUGCUCCUUGACUAAUGAGGAUUUGUUGUAUCAAUACUUUCCAAGUACAGCAGGAAUUUUACUGUGUGGUACAAAACAUAAGUUUUGCGAAGUUGAUAUGUUAAGACCUACAUGUUUUAUAAAGGGCGACAAAUCAUAUUUUAAUGUUAAAAUGACAGCUACUAUGAGGCCUUUAUCUACUCUUAUUGAAGAUAGUGUUCAAUGUAAUUUAAAUUGUCAAAUUCACGUGUAUUCAGAAAUGGUAGAGAUCGUAUUUAAAAAUGCUGAAAGUACUAGAAAUUUAAAAGUGAAUUCAACAUUACACAAUCCACCACUUGUGUUCAUCCCAGUAACUUUACCAACCGACGAUAAUGAUACUAAACUUAUUUCCAAAAGACCUAAGCUUAUUAUUAGUUGCCCCGCUGGAUUUGGAAUCGAGUCUGAGAGAAAGAGAAUAUGUGUUGCUUGCCCCAAAAAUACAUUCAGUGAAGCAGACGAAGCUUAUUGCAAACCCUGCCGAAUUGGAGAGUAUCAACCAAUAGUUGGAUCUAAAUCUUGUAUUCCUUGCAAUUCCCCUAUUGACGAUACACUUUGUCUAAGAGUUCUGUACCCUAACACAGAAAUGUUUAAGGUGUAUGUUGGAAUUGCUUUUAGUAUUAUUAUUCUAAUGGCAAUUUUGAUAUUAUACUUUUACUGCAGCAAUGCAAGUCGUCAGUUACCAGAGCGAAUUAGCAAAUAUGUGAACAAGAAGCGGUCACAAAAGACGCAGGAUUAUGAUGUUGAGAAACAACCUCUAUUGAAAAAUGUCAAAACUAAGCCUACAGAACAGAACCCUGAUUUUAAAUAGCUUGUAUAUAUGUAUAUUUUUAGGUGAUAUCUAUAUAUGUACUUUAAUAUUUAUAAGAAUUAUUUAAUAUAUUUAAUAUAUAUAUUUACAAUAAAUUUA